GAAGCUGUGUGCCUGCUCCUGGCUGCAGUGCAGUUUGGCUGAGCUUUUGUUCCACUUAUGAAUAGUUCUUGCUGGAAGUCCAUCACCCAGAGGCCAGCUCUCCCAACAACCGGACAGCAGCAGAGUGCCAUGACACGGGAGGGGCAGUUCAGGGAGGAGCUGGGUUAUGACCGGAUGCCCACACUGGAGAGAGGCCGGCAGGACACAGGACGGCAGGACACGGGCAGCUACGCACCUGACUCAAAGCCGAAGGACCUGCAGCUGUCAAAGAGGUUGCCCCCGUGCCUCAGCUACAAGACAUGGGUAUUCUCGGUGUUGAUGGGGAGCUGCCUUCUUGUGACUUCCGGGUUUUCGCUCUACUUGGGGAAUGUGUUCCCCUCUGAGAUGGAUUAUUUGCGCUGUGCAGCUGGCUCUUGCAUCCCCUCGGCAAUCGUGAGCUUCGCUGUGGGGAAGAGAAACGUCAGCGCGAUUCCCAACUUUCAGAUCUUGUUUGUCUCCACGUUCGCCGUUACCACCACAUGUCUGAUCUGGUUUGGAUGUAAACUGAUCCUGAAUCCCUCAGCCAUAAACAUCAAUUUCAACCUCAUCCUGCUCUUGCUGUUGGAGCUCCUCAUGGCAGCCACAGUGAUCAUCUCGGCCCGGUCCAGUGAGGAGUCCUGCAAGAAGAAGAAGGGUUCCAUCUCAGAUGGCGCCAACAUUCUGGAUGAAGUGACUUUUCCUGCUCGGGUCCUAAAAUCCUACUCCGUGGUAGAAGUAAUUGCUGGUGUCUCCGCUGUCCUUGGUGGGGUGAUUGUUCUAAAUGUAGAUGAAGCUGUCUCGGGCCCCCAUCUCUCAGUGACAUUCUUUUGGAUUUUAGUGGCUUGUUUUCCAAGUGCCAUUGCCAGCCACGUGACAGCAGAGUGUCCCAGCAAAUGUCUGGUGGAGGUGCUGAUUGCCAUCAGCAGCCUGACAUCCCCACUGCUGUUCACUGCCUCCGGAUAUUUGUCCUUCAGCGUGAUGAGAAUCGUUGAGAUUUUUAAAGAUUACCCACCAGCCAUCAAAUCCUACGAUGUGCUCCUCCUGCUGUUGCUGCUAGUGCUGCUGCUUCAGGGGGGCCUCAACACUGGCACAGCCAUCCAGUGUGUGAGCUUCAAGGUCAGCGCCCGGCUACAGGCUGCAUCCUGGGACACCCAGACCUGUCCCCAGGAGCGCCCAGCAGGGGAGGUGGCCAGAAGCCCCCUGAAGGAGUUUGACAAAGAGAAAGCCUGGAGAGCUGUGGUGGUACAAAUGGCCCAGUGACUACAGGACGAGAAGACCGAGUCUCGGCGUCUGUCUGGCCUCCGGCAUAGUCAACCGUACAGACUCUGACCUACAACCGCUGCUUUCUAACACAUGCUUUCGCUCCUGUGCAGCAGCCAGGCUGCAAGGCGGUUCUCACUUCCUGUAGUAGUUUAACUUUGGAGCAGGCAAGCGUUGAAGGUUGCGCCCUGUCGAGUGGGUCAUUCUGUGCUUCUCAGAUGACCCUGCUGGCCUGGGUAAACCCUUGUUUUCCAGCCCUCUUCACUUCCUGAUUUGAUCUUCACUCACUCAUAGGAGCUGAUGUUUUGGCCUUAGGGCACUUCCAUGCCUCUGCAUGCUUGCCAUAGUGUGGGGAUAGUUUGAUUGUGAGAAUUGCAUUGGCUUUGAUUAAAAUCAUGACCAAGAGAUGGUGUGUAUGCCACCUCCCCAAACGCCAGAGGACACCUGGAUUCUCUCAGCUGGCAAGAGCACCAAGGAAUCCACAGUAGGUUGGGUGCCUUGUGAAACCAGGAACGAUUUCAGGAAUGUUUUCACUGAAUCUGUCUGGUUCCUCCUCUGGGAGGUGAGCCGCAGUUUUCCUUUCCUGAGCUGGGGUGUAUCAGUGGGUUCUAAGGAAGCUAUUGAAAAGACUAGAGGUGCAUUUUGUGACCCCGAAGAGCUGCCAGGGUCAGAGAGAUAAUAAAAAGCCUUCUAGGCUUCUCACUUCUAAUGCCCAUGACUCUGACUACCAGGGGUCAUGAAAAGUGCAGCAGUUAUUUUCGGUCAAAUGGAAAUGCAAGUAAGGCACCUGGAAGGUGGAAAGUACCCAGUAAAGCAGCUCCAUCUCCAGCCUCGGGGAGUCCCCGUUCUAUCUUCAUCCUCCGCGGCUCCAGAGGGCUGGGCCCUGCACCAAUAAGUACCAUGAGAGGUCAUUCUUGCCUGCAUAUGUGCAGAGCCCUGUAGGCUUUGGACCUACUGCAGCUCUGCCACACGAUAUUGGGUGGGGAGGGAGCCAUGGGCAAGCUGGGAUGGCAAGCCAUCUGCUAGGAGACGAGAGACUUGAAUGUUCAGGACCAGAAUGAGGCAGCGGGGGAUUGCUGCGGACUUGCACUUUCUCAUUUUAGAGAGCUUAAAAAAACCAACUCAUAUAAAUGGGCUCUAAAAAUUGUCUCUUGUAUACUUUUGUUUGGUAGAGUUUAAUAUGCUUGGGCAAUAAAUGCUGAUAUGCAAAUGUG